AUGCUGAAAUCCGCCACGGAGGAUAUACCCACCGAUGGCCAAGACGAUGCGUACCCGGCGCAGCGUCAAUCCGUAACGGACUCGGCCGCGCUGGGCGAGCUGUUGACUGUCGAGACGAACCUGUCUCUAGCUGGACACGGUGGCAAAAUGCCGAGCAAAGAGAGCAACUCUGCUCCACUUGCUCAGGCCACAGGCCUAUCAGCCUGUUCCUCGAUGCCUUCGACUCAGAUUAUAACGUCUUCGUCCAAUUUCCCCGCCUCUCAGGAGAGUUGUUCCAGCCCUAAAGCUCACAUCAAAACGUCCGCAACAACGCAAACGUCAGACGACAGCGCGGCAAGUAAAAACCCGUUCAUGGGGCCGCCUAGUCCGGGUAAUGAUGUCAAAUUGGCCUCGAAGGCUCCGUCGGGCUCCAGAACGGACCUAAUGAUGGAUGCGACAAACACCAGCAGCGAAGACACCAGAGGCAGUUCUAGUGACUACAUGGAGAUCCCUCGCUCCUGGGUGGAAAGGGCACGCAGGUCAUGGGAGAGCAAAAAAAUGUACGACCGACCCGAAACUCGAGAUACGAGCGGCUCGAACAAGGUGCGAAUUGGACGCAGCCAAUCCGUUCAUGGUGGCAAUAUGCCCGGCUUAAACCCUUUGGCCGAGGUGACGCUGUUAACUUUUCCAGUCAAAAAGAGUGACAGUGUGCUGGGAAGACUCAGCAAUAAGCGGACUAGUUUCCAAUUACACUUGGAUGUGGAGGAGAAAAUACUCUACCUGCUAUCAGCUCAUGACCAACACGAGGAAUACAGUUGCGCAACGGUGACGGCCAAGCCUCAAUCCGAUCUGGGGAUGCAGCUUAAAAUCCAGGCGAGAAAUGGUAGUGAGAAGAAGAAGAACAUCACUUUCUACAAUUUAGAUGACCGUGAUAGUUUCGUCCACGCAUUGGAAAACACCCGGAAUUCAAUGAUAAUCGACCACUUCCAGCUGCUCCCUGGCGAAUCGGUGCUGGACCAGGUUCACCGCGUGGUGAACUUAGUGGUGAUAUCCAAGAGAAACCGAGCAGUGCAAGGAGUGCUCAAGGUCACGUCGUACCGCAUCACAUUCGUGCCGUAUGACGUGUCAUGGAUGAUCAGCUCGUUUGAGUUGCCGCGUGCUGCUAUUGACCUGAUUAAACUCGAUGGACCCAUGAUUCUGCUAACGUGCAAGGACCUGAGAGCCGUGAGACUUGUCAUGCACGACGCGUACUCAAGGGGGAAUGGAUACGACCAACUUCCGUCAACUCCGAAUCACCAGUGGCUCAAACAGCUUGCACUUCGCAUGUUGCCGCCUUGUUAUAUGAGUGCGUUGUUUGCUUGUGACUAUUACAAACAGCGUGGGUAUCCUAUUCCUGAGCAGCACGACGGGUGGUUCGUAUAUUCUCCCAUUAUUGAGUAUCUACGCCUGGGUCUUCUAUCGCCCGUGGAGCAGCCGAAUGAGGAAGGAAGGAUCACGUGGCGACUUCUCAAGAACUCCAAGUUCCGCUUCAGCCCCACAUACCCUCAGCUUAUGGUGGUGCCAUCGCUUAUGUCCGAAGAGCAGCUCGUGCAGUCGGCACGCUUCCGAUCACGUGCACGUCUGCCUGUGGUUGUGUGGCGCCAUCCUGUGAACAAGAGCGUGUUGUCUCGCUCCAGCCAGCCGAACUACGGUAUGGCAGGCAACCGAUCCGAACCUGACCGGAUACUUCUGCGCGCGUACCGCGACUCAGCCAACAAGAACAGCUCCAACAUGUCGCCUCCUCUUCACAUUAUCGACGCGCACAAGCCCAUCGCCACCAAGGGCAACCGGUUAAAAGGAAAAGGUAUGGAGAACUCCCAGCACUACGACAACGCGACUAUUGAAUUUAUGGGCAUCGCUAACAUUCACAAGAUGCGCGAGUCCUUGGAUACGAUGAAGUCCCUAGUUAGUUCUAGCAGCGUCGAAGACAGCGACAAACAUUACCACAAUCGACUCGAGAACACUCGAUGGCUGAAGCACGUGAUGCGAGUGUUGUCAGGCGCCCGUAGAGUAGCAGAGGUGCUCCAUGAAGACGGCGCGUCGGUGCUGGUGCACUGUAGUGACGGCUGGGACCGCACGCCGCAGCUUGUGACCUUAGCGCAGCUGAUUCUGGACCCGUUCUAUCGCUCCAUCCGAGGCUUCGCCAGUCUAGUGGAGAAGGAGUGGUGUUCAUUCGGCCACAAGUUCGCGGACCGGAUUGGCGUAGGCAAGGACAUCAUGGACCAGCCGAACGAGCGAUCUCCAGUCAUGCUACUGUUCUUGGAUUGCGUGUGGCAGAUGACUCGACAAUUCCCCACGUGUUUCGUGUUCAAUGAGAAGUUCUUGAUCCACAUUUCGUAUUCACUGAUCUCCGGUCUCUACGGUACGUUCCUGUACAAUUCAGAACGCGAGCGUGUGCUGGACAAGGUGUGGGAACGCACAGAGUCUGCAUGGACGCCUGUGCUGGAGAACCCUGGUCCAUACAAGAAUCCUGCGUACCGCCCAACAAACGGUGUGCUAUACCCCGUGCAAACUUAA